AUGGGGAAGGUUACGAGGAAGGCGCAGGAGAAGCAUAAAGCGUCGUUGUCCCCUGCAGUAUCCGAUCUGGUCAAGCAAGUUUCCACCGUUCCUUUGGCCGAUCUUCCAGAUGUCUUCCGCGGAUGGUCGCCGAGAUGGCCGUAUCCCCGCGGUGAUCUCAACAACUGGAUCGAACCUCUUGAUCGUUUCGACAGCAUCUUGCAGUCCUUCAUCUCAAGAUAUGGCCUGGACAAAGGUCCCCAGACAAUACCGUUCGGCUCGUCAGUGCUACUUGAGGGGAGUCCUGGGAUUGAUGAGCAGGGAUUGAAAGAGCGAGGAUUUGGCCCAGACGGUGACAGAGAAUUGGUCGAGGCCAUCCUGGGCUUUUCAAAGCUUCUGGUGGAAAAAUGUGCGAACCGAGCUGUCUACAAUAGCACGGACCGCUUGAAUGAUCUGCUGCAUACCACUUCGCUCUCGCUAUUGCACAGCACUCUACGAAUCACCUUCUUCCUGGCGCAGCGAUACGGCGGCAUUCGCCCCUCCCCUCACGGACCGAAAUUCUAUGAUUUUGACUAUGAGCGUAUCCAGAGGCUGACUGCCCCCUUUGGGCCACCGCCAGGGAACGUCAAGCGUGGGCCAGCAUCUCCGGUCAAGACUAAGUCCAAAGACAAAGUCCCGCACGCUGGCGGCAGACCGAGGCGUGGCUCAGUUGCAUUCAAUCCGAACGACUUUCGGACUCUUUGCAAGGACAAGGACGCUCCACCGCAUGGUGACCGCGCCAAAUCCUCGACAGCUGGACCUGAUCGAGACUGGCUCGCAUGGGCUCCCCCCAUCAGAGUGUGGUGGGAAACCAAGAGUUCCGAACAGGAGGCUGCCUCUGCCGACGCAUCGCAAUCAUCAGAGACUCCGUCCACUCCUACACAUAUCCGGCGGUCGGCGACAGGACCUGAUACGGCGAAUACCAAUGGCUCCUCUAAUGAGAUUGGCGGUAGUAGAAUUGUCCAUACACCAGGUGAUACGGACAGAAACUUGAAAGUCCUCGAGUUUGCCUCCUCUGAUCUUUCGGUCACCACCAUUGAGACGAUAUUGCGCAACCACCUGACUGAUGAUAUGCCGCCGAAGGUUCGAUACGAGCUGCUGCACCAGCUUCGCGUCACCUAUGCUUUGAUUACAUCGCCGAGAACUCGGAUGGAGCUUUUAUCGGUGCGCCUCUUGGCCGUUGCAAGUUUGGCCAAUGUCUUCAGCGAACCGGAACUUACGCAGAAAUUGUUCUCAGUGGAGAAGCCUCAGGAAUACAUUCAACAGGUUGUUGGUCUUCUUCAUGAACCAAAGAAAGGCCACACAUCUGUCCCCAUCUACCUUCAAACUCUGGCCAUGGAGACGAUGACUUUCCUUGCACAUUCCAAAUCCUUCGCAUCUGAGAUUCACGCCGCCUUGGGCGCAGGAUCAAGUCAAGGCCUCCUUUCUCAACUGAUUCAGAGAGGCUUGAACGACAUCGCCAAAGACAACGACAGCAAAGAUAACGCGGCGGGCGACGAUUGGAGAGAUGCUAUCUUUUCCAUGCCGAGGACUCUCAUUGAGGUUACUGGGCAUCAUGGACGUUCUAGCGAGGCGGUCAUAGCGUCGAGCUUUAUCACGUCGUACCUCUCCGGUUUCAGUGUCACCACGGCAAAGGCGAUGAGGGUGCACCUGCGGAUGCUAGACUUUAUCAAAACCUUCUUCCAUCACUUCAAAGAUGGUCUUGCAACGUUACUGAGCAACCAUGCUUUCGAGGCGAUCUGCAAUCUCUUGAGCACUCUUGUGACGGGUGCUUGGGACCUUCUCAAUGUUGGCGAAGGUAUCCCGGCACAGCACAAGACGCGCGCUACGGACUACGAAAUCCCUUACAUGCACCAGCAAAUCAUUCGAUCCAUCAUUGAUAUGAUCAAUGACAUUAGCGGUCACCAAGGCGCACAGGCCGAUCGAGUUCUAAGAAGCUUGGUCGAUUCUCAAGCUUUGCUCCGCGCAUUCCGACUUAUUGUCGAUCACCUGACCGCGUUCGGCGCGCAUACGUGGAGUGAAGUCAUCAAAGCAAUCUGUGGAUUCCUUCACAACGAGCCAACAAGCUACACAGUGAUAUUCGAGGCAGGUAUCAUCCAGAGCAUACUGAAUACAGUAAAUCCGUCACCAAACCCCCCUGAAGACUCGGCGAACCAGAAACGAUCGAAGACCAUAUCGUCAGUACCUGAAAAUCAACCUCAAGGCAUUCCACCUGUCGUCGAUGCCAUUGUCAAUGUGUCCCAAGCAUUUGGCGCCAUUUGCCUGACGAGUGCUGGUUUCGACUUGUUCAAAUCUUCGGGUGCAUUGGAGAAGUUCUUUGAGAUCUUCGAGUCACCUGCGCAUGUCAAGGUGCUCAACGAUGCAAACAUCCUGGCCUUGCUUGGUUCAACGUUCGAUGAACUCGUCAGACAUCACCCAAACUUGCGCACUUCCGUCUUGAGCACGGUGAUGAUCAUGCUUGGUCGGGUGCGGCAUAUUUGCAGAUCGCUGUCCGUCAGUUUCGGUGCAGGAGCGAAGCUGUGGCUCGGUUCGGAGGACGAGCUCGUUCCGUGUGGCGGAUAUGAGGCUCUGUCGUUGGAGAUUUUGCCGCCCAUUGCAACCAAUGUUGACGAGCCCACCCCCAUCAGAAAGAUCGAAUUGCCGAAUGGAGACAAAUUGGUGCUUGAGGAUGAGAUACUUCCGCCAAGCAACGUUUCAACUACACCAAGCGACCAAGACGGCCAUGGUCUUAAAGCCAGUGAUUACGUAAGACCUGCCGUUGCGUUCUUGAUGACUUUCUUUGAACACCAGGCUCAUUGCGCGAGCUUCCUGGAGCAGGGUGGAUGCGACCUUGUUUUGGACUUGAUCACAUUGCCCAGCCUGCCGGUUGCUACUCAACCUUUUGACAGGCACGGAGGCAUGUUUCAAGAACUGGCCGCGGCUGUCCACAUGAUGGCGGAGACCAAACCUCACGUCGUUAUCCCUGCACUUGUCGACCGCGCGCGGUUUGCUUGUUCAGAGUUGAACCACUUCAGCCAGUGUCAGCCCAGAGACUGGUCUUGCUACUUUGAACCUUUGGUUACAGCCGCACCAGGCACCAGUGGUACAGGCAAGGGCCCUGCUCCAGAGCUAUCCGAGGUUGAGAUAAAUGGAACUCGCAUAGUCAGAAGUCUGAUGGCAGUCUUUUGUCUGGCUCAGGCCUUGAGCGAAAUUUUCAACAUUCCGAUCUACAAUCAGAGACAUGUACAGAAUUUCUUAUUCGGCCUGGUGAAUCUUGAGGAUCUCUUCGCAGACAUCGCGGUGAUGAUGGGAGCCAUAUCUGCUGCCUGUUGUCGUGAGGAUGUCGCUCUUCAACGCUCGAUCCCGGAACCAUGGAUCUCGGCAACACGCCCCGAACACUUCUCAACGGGUGACGAUGAGGUGGACAAGCUUCUGAGUGUCCGCGAUUUUACGUCUCGCUAUACCGGCCAGUCGACACCUGAAAAUGGAGAAGGUAGCUCAGUUUCGGUACCAGAUCCCUCCAAACUGAACAAGGACAAACAGACGCCAUUUUUUAAGAAUGUCCAAACUCUACGGUUCCUGUUGAUCGAGACUCCUGCUGCCAUCACAGAAUUUCUGUGCCGUCUCGGGCGCAACAUGGCUGCUCGACGACGACUAGAUACUUUCACCAAGCAGAAGGCGACAUUCGUGGCAAAUGCGCUCGCGUCUGCCUAUCUAACGCAACUUCGACCAUACUUCCUCAACUCCAAGACAACUCAGAGCGCCGACGGCGAGGAUACCCAGCCUCGCUUCACUUAUCUCGUGAUCGCUCUAGACAAUGUCCGGCGCAGCUUCUACGAUGAUAGUAGUUCAACGUCGAGUCCAAUCGCAACACAUCCAGCACGUCAAGGCUUUGUUGUUGAGGCAUUCCGCAAAGCGGGAGGCAUCAAGAUUCUGACAGAGAUCGGCACGGAGUUCUUCGAAAAAUUGAAGUCGUGUAAGGUCGAGCAUGCCGAACUCUCUGCAAACACAGGGCUCAAGAUCUGUCUCGAUAUCCUGGAGGAAUUCACUGAUUCAAAGUGCAUCAUCGAGUCGGCACAGUCGAACAAUAUGAAAACCCCGGACCCACUGAGGCAAUGCCACUUCUUACCCGCUCAAGUGUUGCUCAACCUGCGGAUGGAAGCACUUCCGCUAACGCAAUUGAUCUGGGCGAGCGAUUAUGCGGAUCAAGCAUCCAAAGACGUCGUCCAGAAGCUGGUCUCGAUCUUGAAGCACGUGUUUACUGGUGACCAUGAAAUGGAAGCAGUGCAAUCCGAUAGUGGCCACCCGGCCCUUGUACCGUUUGCGCCGAAAGAACUAGAGUUCGAUCCGACAAGGGUCAGCAAUCUGAGAGACAAGGGCUACAGCGAAGAACUCGUCCUCGAAGCGUUGUACCGGACGAAUUCACAAGCAAAUAUUCCCACACCAGCAGAAGAAUAUUGCCGAGCACUUUUAGCCAACCCUCGCCGGAGGCGACUACCACCCCCAAAGAGAGAUACUACAACCACUCCGGGCAACAUUUCCGGAGUUGCGCCCACAAAUUCGCAUUCAUCUUCUGCCUGGACUUCGCUGGGGGUAGUUCAUACUCUGCUUCCCGAAGUGCACCAGGAUGCGGGAGAUAAUGAGAUGGAAGACGUCACCAACUCCAACGAAACAACUACAACGUCGAGACCUGCCGACAAUAUUGCAACAAGUGUUUCUUCUGCAAUGGACAUCAGCAACCUCCUCAACAAUGAUAGUGAGCCUGAACAAGAGCCAUCUCGGCCUGUCGAGGCAGACUUAUCGCCGUCCUACUCCGUUGAAUCGAUUAAUGCACAGAGGGCGCUCAUUAGAGAGGACCUGGCUGAGCGUUGCAAUAAUAUUCUGGACAAUCAUCAGAGUCUUACUUUUGAACUGUCUGACCUAAUCAUUAGCGCAACAAAGAAGUUGAGCGAAGACCAGGCGAAGGAAUUCUGGAGGACGACAUUAGAUCUUCUCACAAGCUCACUGCUUUCGAUGCAAGGCGAUGAUGAUAUUACCGAGACCCGCGGAAAGAAGAUUGCCGCGGCAGCGCACCUGGUAGCUCUACUUAUCCAGGAUGGGGAAGUGUUUAAAGAGACGCUCGGAAUAUUCCAAGACUCCUUUGAAGGAAUUCUUUCCUUCUUGAGCCUUCCAGCCGCGGACGGCCGGGCUGAUGAGGGAUCCUUUCCAUGGGUCGCGCCUGUCUUAUUGAUCAUCGAGAAGAUGUUGUCAAAGGACUGUGAGCCAGCAGAAGUUAAGUGGGAUCCGCCUACAGACAUCGAUUCUGUCACAAAGGCUGUGCUGACGCCGGUAUCCGUGUUUGAAAUGGAAGACAAGCUGAAGCUUUUCGAAGCACUUGUGAACCUGUUACCACGUGUCGGAAAAUCCAAAGGUAUGGCUUUGGCAAUUUCCAGAGUCUUGGUUGCUCUUACUCGAACUCGAGAAAUUGCUACCAAAUUAGCAGAGAAGCGAAACCUUCAGAGACUGUUCCUCAUGGUCAAGCAGCUUACCAAUGGAGUGGGGCAUCGAUUGCAAAGAUGUUUUAUGCUGAUCCUGCGACAUAUUGUUGAAGAUGACGAGACUUUGAAACAAAUCAUGCGCAGUGAGAUCAGGCUUUUGUUCAACUCCCGGAACACGGCCAGGCAACCGGACGUCAAUAGCUAUCUUCGAGAACUUUACCACCUUGUUCUACGGUCCCCAUCUGUCUUUGUCGAAACGACAAAUGAGAUUGUCAAAUUGUCUUCAUGGCAACCACAUGCUGGAAGUAAUACCGCCAUAAUGCUGAAAGAGACCGAUGAAGUCAAGACAACCGAUGACGGUGAAGAGGGUGUGCAGAAUCAAUCUCAGGAAGAAAGCAAGGCCGAUUCGACCAAGCCAACAGCCAGCGUCGAAGCCCCUCAGAAGUCGAUCGAAGACACAAGCAAAGGUAAGGCACCCGAAUUGAAGCCUCCAGUUGUCGGGCACCCUGAUGGAGUCAUCCAUUUCAUCCUAUCGGAGCUGUUGAAUUACAAGGAUGUUGAGGACAAGGAGACCUCAGCUGAAGCGUCCGCGACCUUGACUAUCAACGGAGCACCAAAUCCGAGUCAUCAGACCGCUAUAACAGAAUCACCCGAGGGACGUGUCAUCGAUGGUGCGCAGUCGAGGUCAGAGAAAGCCAAGUUCAAACCUGAGGAGCACCCAAUCUUCUCUUACCGAUGCUUUCUAAUGUACAAUCUGACGGAGCUUCUCCAUUCUUAUAAUCGCACGAAAAUUGAGUUCAUCAAUUUCUCUCGCAAGGCCGAUCCAAUGGUAGUUACGCCAUCAAAGCCUCGUUCUGGCAUCCUCAAUUACUUCCUCACUGGACUGAUUCCAUCUUGUUAUGUUGACAAGGAAGAUUCUCUACAGUUCAAGAAGAAAUUGCUCACAAGUGACUGGGCUAUACGCGUCAUUGUCGCCUUGUGUUCCAAGACGGGGGAAUCCGGCAUGACGGUUUCUGCCGAGAGAUACUCGACGCAGCCACAAGUCGAUGACGUUGACGAUGAACCAGAUCUGACAUUUGUGCGUCGUUUCGUCCUGGAGCACGCGAUCAAAGCAUAUAAGGACGCAAUCUCCUCGAACGAGUCCCUUCAGAUGAAGUACAGCCGGUUGUUGUGUCUCUCUGACAUGUUUAAUCGUCUCUUGACGAAGCCCGCCGUCCCUGAAGGCUCCGCCGGCUCCCAGAAUACUUCCUACAAGGUGCUUUCUCGGAUGAUGUUUGAGAAGAACCUCAUCUCGGUCUUGACCAGCUCACUCACAGAGAUCGACCUUGCGUAUCCUGGCUCCAAGAGAGUGAUCAAGUUCAUUCUGCGCCCAUUACAGGAGCUUACCUCCUUGGCUACCCAAAUCAGCAUCACGUCCCCCGACCUUCUUAACUCUGUGGCUGGGCACAUGUCUGAAGAUGUGAUUUCGUCUGCCUCCUCCGUUUCUGACGUCGAGGAAGAGCGAGAGGAAACUCCAGACCUUUUCCGAAACUCCGCCCUCGGCAUGCUAGAUCCUAAUCGGGAUCUGGUAUCUGAUUCUGCGACAGAUGAGGAAGAUGAAGACGAAGAGAUGUAUGACGAGGCAUACGAGGACGAAAUGGAAUAUGACAACGGCAUUGUCGCUGGUGGAAACGAUGACGAAGCAGUUAGCGAUGAAGAGGAAGGCGAAAUGGGCCCAGACGGUGAAAUCGAGGGUCUUCCAGGUGACGUACCGAUGGAUAUCGAAUUCGUCGUUAAUGAUCCUCACAUGGAUGUUGACACAGAUGAAGACGAGGACGAGGACGACGAGGAUGAGUCCGAUGAGGACGAUGAGGAUGAAGACGAUGAAGACGAAGAUGGUGACGACUUCGAGAUCGGUCAAGAUGAAGACGCUGGUGAAAUCAAUGGAGACGACGAAAAUAACAGUCUCAAUGGAGGGCCAGAGGAUGAAGGAGAAUGGGAAGAUGACGACGACGACGACGACGACGAUGGCAAUGAUGCAGAAAGUGCCGAAGGACGACAUCGCACUCCUCGAUUCGACGACGCCGAGUUUUCCUUCCCUGGAGACAUAAUGCCUAUUCCUGUUGAACAGGAUCGCGACAUUGGCAUGCCUCCUCCGGCAGGUGUCCUCAGCAACCUUCUCCGUGUUUUGGGUGACCACGACCUCGAUGAACCGACACGUGCGAUAAGAGGAAUUACAGAAAAUGCGGUACAAGAACCGGCCCGACGUAUUAUGGUCGCACGUCGUUCUCUUCCUCAGAUAGGUGGAGGUUUAGGAUCGCCUCCAGAAAUACCUUUUCCGGAGGAGGACGAGGAUGAGGACGAAGACGACGAAGAGGAGGAUGAUGAAGAUGGCGACGACAUGGAUGAAAACGACGGAGUUGAGUAUGGUGGCUUUGACCACUUGCUAAGUGGGGGUGCCCGCGAAAUCAUUGAGCACAGUCAUUUGACAUGGGACCAUCCGCCUCUCAUGCGACGCCAUCGCCCGCUUGGUGGCUCCGUCUGGAACACCCUAACUAGGCGGAUUGAAGGUCGGGACGACCUCCAUUCAAGCGGUCGGUCAGGUCGCGUACCGCCGCAUGUAAGGUCUGGCGAUGAUGGCGCAAAUCCUCUUUUGCGAAGACCUCAGCCAGAGCCCCGACAGAGAUCAGAGCACGUUAGCACGAGCUUUCUGCUCCCCCAAGGGCUUGGCAUGCUCCCAGGCAUGACUGGCUUUCAGCCUCUCCAAGCCACUAUCCACACAGUUGACGGACAUGAAAUAGGCGCCCAUGGAGCUGUGCUUGAUGCUAUCUUCUCGGCUCUUCAGCGUGGUGAGAUGGGUACAGGUUCAAUCCGACUUCGCAUUCCGGCCCCUCUUACAGACUUUCGCGACCCGUGGCGAACAUCAGGUUGGGAUCCACAUCAGCAUCGUCAUAUAUCCCGUGACGACUCCCAUCGUGGUAAUAAUUUUGUGCCCUCACCGACCAUGGCGCGUUGGCAAGAAGAGGUACGACUUCUCUAUGGCACUACCUAUGUGGAGAAGAUCCAGCGUGUCCAAAUCUGGCUCAUGUCCGUUCUAGUUCCAUUUGCUCAACAAGAGGAGAAAGAAGCCAGACAUAAGCGAGAACAGGAACAGCAGGCAGAACGGGAAGAACUGGAAAGAUUGAGAGUGGAAGCAGAGCGUCGCAAGAAGGAGGCCGAGGAGCGAGAAGGUGAGCGUUUGCGAGUUGAAUCUGAAGCCGCAACUGCUGCAGCAGCCGAGGCUGGAGCCCCGGAAGAGGACGACGAGCAUGAUGAAGAUGGCGACACGGUUCCCAUGGAGGAUGUACAAGACACAGAUGCAGGGACUGUCCAAGAGACCACCGACAAUACAGCUUCGACGUCAGCGGCAACUGAGGCGCAGCCUCGAGUUUUCACUACCAUUCGAGGCCGUCAGAUCGACAUCACCGGAUUGGCAAUCGAUGUCGACUAUCUGGAAGCCCUGCCAGAGGAACUCCGCGAAGAGGUGAUCAUGCAACAGUAUGCUACUCGGCGUGAAGAAGCUCGUCAAGAAGAAGCUCGUCAAGAAGGCACUAGUGGGACUGCUAGGACUGAUACGUCUGGCAUUGAUCCGGACUUCCUCGAUGCUCUACCAGAAGAUAUUCGAGAAGAGAUACGACAACAAGAGGCACACGCACAACGUCGACGGGAGCGUGAAGAAGCUCGCAGACAAGCUGCGGCCAGGGCAGGACACGCCCAGGCGGAAGAGAUGGACAAUGAUAAUUUCUUGGCUACUCUCGACCCUGCGUUCCGUCAGGUCAUCCUGUCGGAACAACCACCGGAGAUCUUGCGUCAGCUAGAUCCCCGCCACGCUGCAGAAGGCCGGGCACAUGCGAGACGUCUGUAUCAGUAUGUAAGAACUGAUGCGAACGCUCGUCCAGAUCGUCCGGCUGAGGAUGCAGCUCAACGAGACGGCAAACGGCAGAUUAUCCAGAUGGUUGACAAGUCCGGGGUCGCCACUUUGUUGCGCCUCAUGUUCUUGCCUCAACAGGGCUCGCUUCGAACGAAUUUGUGGCACAUCCUUCGCAAUAUCUGUGGAAAUCGACAGACUCGGUCUGAAGUUGUCAAUCUUCUCCUCGUCAUUCUUAAAGAAGGCUCAACGGAUGUGACGGCGGUUGAGCGCAGUCUUACCAAUUUAUCCCUGAGGGCGAAAGCAACGGUUGGACAGAAGACACCUCAGCCACUCAAGCGCACGCUUUCGAUGCAGCCUGCUAGUGGUAUCAGCGAUGAAGUCACUCCUCUUGUGGUUGUACAGCAGUGUCUUUAUGCACUGAGGCAAUUAUGCCAGAGCAACUAUCACACCCGAACCAUUUUUAUCCGCGAGGGCGACGGCAUUGUAGCCUCGAAGAAAGGCAAAGGAAAGGCCAAAGAAGUCAAAGCAGUCAGAUAUCCUAUCAACGACCUAAUCAGCCUUCUCGACCGAAAAUUGAUUGUGGAGAGUUCAUCGUGUCUUCAGUCACUUGCUGAACUUCUGUCUGCGGUUACUCAGCCUUUGCCAAAUUUAUUGAAGAAGGACAAGGAGAAAGGUUCCGACGAGGACAAGCCGACGGUUCCUGAAGCUGGAAGUACGGAAGCGGCGACUUCUUCUGGUGAACAUACUGACGUUGGCCCAUCAGCUCAACAAGACGCAGAUGUGGAGAUUCAAGAUGCUCCUGCGCCCGGCACUGACAAUGAAGAGAAUGAAGCUUCUACAAGUGCAGCUCUACAGUCUGAGACAACAGAAGCCGGCGCUCGUGACAACGCCGACACUAACAACGAAGACUUAACUGCUGAUGGGACCAAGCCUAAGAGGGCUUUUGAACCCCCUGAGAUUUCGGAGCACAACUUACAACUCGUUGUGAGCAUCUUUGUUGCUCCUGAAUGCAAUAGCGACACCUUCCACUCCACUUUGGAGACGCUAUCGAGCCUGUCAUGCAUUCCCGGCACCUCUGUUGUGUUCAGCAAGGAGCUGAUUCAUUACAUUAAAGAACUUUCCCAAUCUAUUUGCAGAGACCUUGAGGAGCUGAUUCCGCAGCUGAAGGAAGCGCAGUCGAUCACGGAUCUCCAUGUGCUCUCUUCGACAAAGUUUUCACAUGGGGGGUCUGAUCAAGUCAAGCUUUUGCGAGUUCUGCAGGCAUUGGAUUAUCUGUCUGCACCCAAAACGGAGAAUGAGGAAUCUGAGGGAAAUGCUAUGGCAAAGAGCAUCCUUACAUCAUCGUACGAUAGUCUUGCUCUGAGACCGCUGUGGACCAAACUGAGUGAAUGCUUGACAACGGCCCGUGAAAAGGAUAACAUCACCAGCUUUGCCACCAUCCUGCUUCCACUCAUUGAGUCGUUAAUGGUGGUCUGCAAGAACACGUCUCUCAAAGAUUCGGUCCUGGCCCGUCAAAUCCGAGAACAGGUGCCUGGAAGUCCGGCGCCAGAAGCUAUGGAUGACCUUCAAGAGCUUUUCUUCAACUUCACCACCGAGCAUCGCAAGAUUCUCAAUGACAUUAUCCGUCAGUCCCCCAAGUUGAUGCAAGGAAAUGGAAGUUUCAGCUUGCUGGUAAAGAACCCGAAAGUCCUCGACUUCGACAAUAAACGAGCCUACUUCACCAAGCAGAUUCACUCUAGACUGCAUCAGCAACGACAAAUUCAGCCGCCUCUGCAGCUCAAUGUCCGCCGGAGCCAAGUUUUCCUAGAUUCUUAUAAAGCCUUGUACUACAAAUCCGCUGAUGAAAUGAAAUAUGGCAAGCUCAACAUCCGUUUCAACGGCGAAGAAGGCGUUGAUGCCGGAGGUGUCACUCGAGAGUGGUUCCAGGUUCUUGCCCGGGGCAUGUUUAACCCAGAUUGGGCUUUGUGGCAACCUGUGGCAGCCGAUCGCACCACAUUCCAUCCUAACCCUCUCAGCUGGAUCAACGGUGAACACCUCCUCUACUUCAAAUUCAUCGGUCGUAUCAUCGGGAAGGCGUUACAUGAGGGACGUGUGCUUGAUUGCCACUUCAGCCGGGCUGUUUAUAAGCGUCUUCUCGGAAAGGAACCCAAUCUAAAAGAUCUCGAGUCCAUGGAUCUUGAUUACUACAAGAGCUUGGUCUGGAUUCUAGAGAAUGACAUCACCGACGUUAUUACGGAAGACUUCUCCGUUGUCGAAGAGCAGUUUGGUGAGGAAAAGGUCGUGGAUCUUAUUCCGAAUGGCCGGAAUAUCCCCGUGACGGAGGAGAACAAGAGAGAAUAUGUCAACGCUCAGGUUCGCUAUCGCCUCACGACGUCAGUAAAAGAGCAGCUUGAGAAUUUUGUCAAAGGUUUCCACGACAUCAUCCCGGCGGAGCUUAUCGCUAUCUUUGAUGAACAGGAACUCGAGUUGCUCAUCUCCGGUCUGCCAGAGAUUGAUGUGGACGAUUGGAGAGCUCAUACUGAAUAUCACAACUACAAUGCCAACAGUCCUCAAGUUACUUGGUUUUGGCGCAUUGUCCGCGGUAUGAGCAAUGAAGAGCGCGCGAAAUUAUUACAGUUCGUCACUGGCACGAGCAAAGUUCCUCUGAAUGGCUUUAAGGAUCUUGAAGGAAUGCAAGGGAAUACUCGAUUCAGUAUUCACAAGGAUCCGAGUCAAUCUCGCCUGCCAACGAGCCAUACAUGCUUCAAUCAGCUUGACUUGCCUGCUUAUGAUGACUACGAUACCCUCAAGAACAGCUUGAUGACCGCGAUUAAUCUCGGCGCUGACUAUUUCGGUUUCGCAUGA